GGGCGGGGCAGAGCCAUGGGAUGGGGUCGGGCGCUCUGGUGCGGGGCGGCGGCAACCGCGGUGCGGGCAGCGGGAAGGAGCAUGUGUGCCCAGGCGGAGGACUGGCGCUCGGCCAAGGCCAUUUACGAUUUCCACGCCCGAGACAUCGACGGUAACGAGGUUUCCUUGGAGAAGUACCGAGGCUACGUCUGCAUCAUCACGAACGUGGCCUCGAAAUGAGGCAAAACCCCUGUAAACUACACUCAGCUUGUUGACAUGCACGCCCGAUACGCUGAGAGGGGUUUACGGAUCCUGGGCUUUCCCUGCAACCAGUUUGGAAAGCAGGAGCCCGGGGAUGAAGCUCAGAUUAAAGCAUUUGCUGCAAGCUACGGUGUGAAGUUUGACAUGUUCAGCAAGAUCGACGUCAAUGGGGACGAUGCUCACCCCCUCUGGAAGUGGCUGAAAGACCAACCCAAGGGAAGGGGCACCCUGGGCAAUGCAAUAAAGUGGAACUUCACCAAGUUCCUCAUCAACCGGGAGGGCCAAGUGGUGAAGAGGUACAGCCCCAUGGAUGAUCCCUACGUGAUUGAGAAGGAUCUUCCUGCCUACCUGUAGAGCUGCUCUCCCCCUGCCCCAGGGUCCCAGCCCCCCUGCUGCUCGUGGAGCCCCCCCCAGCCCCAUGAUGUUCUGCCUUCAACCCAGCUCCCUGGUGAGGCAGAGCUGAUCCUCUGGCGUGCUCCUGCUGGGAGAGGCUCCAUGCUGCCGGGCAGCCCCUUUCCUGGGGGGCAGGGAGCAGGAUCUUGGCGUCCCCUUGCAAUAAAUGUGUUAGAAGUCA